AUGUAUUCCGGAUCUUCUCUUUCGUCACUCGCCCACUCAUGCACGACAGAGCAGUUGGUCAAGCUUUACCAUCCCGCAUCCCCCCCAGGCAGCUUGACUAUUUCAAAUGUCGCUGAUGAGGUUUUCGCGGCCAGCAGCGUCGGUAUCUCGGCCCAGCGCGAGACUCGUAGCACCAGCGAGGAGAGCCUUUCACCUUUCGCCGACGAGGAGGGUCGUUCACGACGUCAAGAGGCAAGCGAGCGUGGCGCUGAGAUUUACCCAAGAUACUCCGACCAAGCCGAGUUCAAGGAUCGGGUGCACUUUGUCAAGUUCGACGUCGACGAGGUACCAGCGGUAACGCAGGCUCUUGGCGUCCGGGCGAUGCCAACGUUUUUCUUCUUCAAAGACGGCAAGAGGGUGGAUGAGGUGGUAGGCGCGAAUCCUCCGGCACUGUUGGCAGCGCUACAGAAGCUCGCUGCGUAG